GGCCGCCGCCGCUGCCGCGACUCAGACUGCAUGCCAGUACCCCUGGCCGACGACUCAGCCGCUAUGGAAGACGUGAACGAGUACAGCAACAGAGAGGAAUUUGCAGAGGGGUCCAAGAUCAACGCGAGCAAGAAUCAGCAGGAUGACGGUAAAAUGUUUAUUGGAGGCUUGAGCUGGGAUACAAGCAAGAAAGAUCUGACUGAAUAUUUGUCUUGAUUUGGGGAAGUUGUAGACUGCACAAUUAAAACAGAUCCAGUCACUGGAAGAUCAAGAGGAUUUGGAUUUGUGCGUUUCAAAGAUGCUGCUCGUGUUGAUAAGGUUUUGAAACUGAAAGAACACAAGCUGGAUGGCAUAUUGAUAGACCCUAAAAGGGCCAAAGUUUUAAAAGGGAAGGAAACCCCCAAAAAGGUUUUUGUGGGUGGAUUGAGCCCAGAUACUUCGGAAGAACAAAUUAAAGAAUAUUUUGGAGCCUUUGGAGAGAUUGAAAAUAUUGAACUUCCCAUGGAUACAAAAACAAAUGAAAGAAGAGGAUUUUGUUUUAUUACAUAUACAGACGGAGAGCCAGUAAAGAAAUUGGUAGAAGGCAGAUAUCAUCAAAUUGGUUCUGGGAAGUGUGAAAUCAAAGUUGCACAACCCAAAGAGGUAUAUAGGCAGCAACAGCAACAACAAAAAGGAGGAAGAGGUGCUGCAGCUGGUGGACGAGGAGGUACUAGGGGUCAUGGCCAAGGUCAGGGCCAAAACUGGAACCAAGGAUUUAAUAACUAUUAUGAUCAAGGAUAUGGAAGUUACAAUAGUGCUUAUGGUGGUGAUCAAAACUAUAGUGGCUAUGGCAGCUCUGGUUAUACUGGGUAUAACUAUGGGAACUAUGGAUAUGGACGGGGAUAUGCAGACUACAGUGGCCAACAGAGCACUUACAGCAAGCCAUCUCGAGGGGGUGGCAAUCACCAAAAUAAUUACCAGCCAUAUUAAAAAGGGACGUUGGAGAAAACAGGAAGAGAUUGCUAAAGCAACCCGU